ACUGCCCGCAUCUCCCCUGCGGCAGCCUCUCCCCGCUUCCCUGCAGCAGCAAGAGAGCCCGAACCUUCCCUCUCCAAGAAAAAACGGAAAGCAGCAGAAUGUCCCGGCCGCCGGGAUGCUGCGGGGCGACCUGAAACUUGGGUGAGGGGCGGAAGGGGCAGAGAGGAUCCCUGCCCGCCGCGGGUUGGGACGGGGCAGCGCUCGGGGCGCAGGGGAGCGCCCUCGUCCCCGCGAUGGUGCUGCGGUGCGGGGACGGCGAGCAGGGAGCCGGGGACCGGGUCUGCCCCGCGCCCCAGCGCGACAAGGAGGUGCCCAGCGCCCAGGAGAGCGGCCCCGAGCAGGGGGAUGCCGCCGAGGGGCUGGACGAGGAGGAGGACGAGGAGGAAGAGGAUGAGGAGGAAGAGGAAGAGGACGAGGUCUAUGAGGACUUCUCCGAGCUGCCCGACACCUGCAGCAUCGCCUCGGACGACUCGUUCUACCCGCCGCGGGGGCUGGAGGACGAGGAGGACCGCUGGUCCUUGGCGCAGGGGGACCGCGACAGCCCCGAGGCGCUCAGCCUCUUCCGAGCCUGCUGCACCAACAACGCCGUGGUGCUGCGGGCGCUCAUCCGCCAGGGCCCCGAGGGCGACGAGGUGCGGGAGACCGACCGCAACCGCAGGAAUGGUCUUAUUGUUGCCUGUUAUCAAGGUUAUGUGGAUAUUGUAAUAGCCUUAUCACAAUGCCCUCACCUUGAUGUGAACUGGCAGGACAACGAAGGGAACACGGCUCUAAUUACAGCUGCACAGGCAGGGCACAUAACCAUUACAAACUAUUUGUUGAACUAUUUUCCUGGGCUUGAUAUUGAGAAGAGGAACGUCUUUGGAUUCACAGCACUGAUGAAAUCCGCAAUGCAGGGCCGAACUGAAUGUGUGAAAGCCUUGAUGAUGGCAGGUGCAAAUGUUCAUGCAACCGAUCCAAGCCGUGGACUGACUUCAUGGGAAUGGGCUUGUUACACAGGAAGAUCAGAAUCUGCCUUCUUCAUGCAAAAGCUGAUGGACAGACCAUGCCCAGAGCAGUUUUGUGAUAAAUUUAAACCAGAAUGGCCAAAGAUGAAGGAACUUCUUUCCAAGGCUGCAGAGCCAAAAAGCUGUUUGCAGAGGGUUUCUGAGUGUGUGAGGGCAGCUGUCUCAUUCCGGCCUUUCUAUGGCCCUGAAGAAGACGGGGUCCUCGAUCACAUGGUGAAGGUGACAACAAGCUUGAGCAGUCCUUUCAUUGCUCCGUCAUGCCGGACGGUGUGCCCAGGCAGCCCACCUUCUGUGGGGAAACGCAGACUGGCUGUGCAAGAAAUCCUUAGGAAGCAGAGAGCUGAGGAGAUCCGGUCUCAGGACAAAGACCACGUUAGCAGCUAUGAGAAGCUAUUUCAGAACUCCAAAAUAACACUGAUCCCCAAGAAGAAGGACCGGAGAGCCAGCCUGCAGCCCAUCAGCCUUGCAGUCUCUCAAGUGAAUACCAUAGCCACUAGGAAAGCGAGCCUCUUGCCACUCCACCUGCUUAGACGGAGCAGUGUCAGGCCAGGAUUUUUCAUCCCCAAAGUUCGUAUCAGCAAGGCUCCUCCACCCACCUUCCAGCCGGAAAAGGCAAGAAGGAGGAGCAGUGCAAAGGAUGACCCCUAUUUGCAAAUUCCCAAAUGGAGAUACAAAGAGCUAAAAGAGGAGCGGAAGAAGGUGGAGGAACUGGAGAAGAAAAAAGCAGCAGAGGCUCAAAAGCAGAGGCAGGUGUCUCCUGCCAGAUGCAGGACCUGAUUUAAAGGCAUUUGCUUAGAAGGUUUUAGAGCCAUUAGUCUUGUUAUCUGAGCAAGAUAACAGACUGCAUGCCUCUGUGCAUGCCUAAUGCUCAUGGAGCUGGAAUACUGAAUAAUGGCCUGUAAGGUGCAGAAAAAAGGGCAGGGGCUAGGCCACAGUGUGUCUGGUGGUGGAACAGGAAGGUAUUUUGAGUUGAAGACUUACUAAGUUUACCUGUCUGCUGUUCAUAGGAAGUCUUAAGUGGUGCGGUUCUUUUGCAGCUUCCUUUUUUUUUCCCAGUUCCAGGUGAAUGACUGAGAAAAUGUUUGAGAAACAACAUGUGUGUGAAAGGAUCAUAUUUUGUGUUUGUUCAUUUUCUAAUGGACAAAAUUAAGGAGUUGUUUUUUUUUACACUAGACAUUCUCCCUUUCCUUGCUUAGGUAGACAUAUUGCAAGGUUCUAUAGUGAUAAUGGAAAGUUUAAAUAUACCGCAGUGUUGGUGGGCAGUGAAUAUCCAGGUCUACAAUUGUUUUGAACAUACUAAGCACUUUAUUUGAAUUUGAGUAAUCAAAGUUUAAGACAGGAUAGGUAUUGAACUGUACAGCUUUAUACAGUCUAUAUGGAUGCAGUUCUUAAUGCUAUUGUUUGUUCUGUUGAAUAUAAAAAGGGCUGCAUAUGAAAUAUCUCUGUAGCUGAGGUAUUACAUCCUCUCCAGGUAUAAAUCAGGGGCAAGAACUGAUUUCUUUGGAGCAACAGAUUAGCUGAGCAAAUUUUGGAAUGCUACCAUCACUUAAGACUGCUUCCCCCAUUAAGUUUCCCUGUACCUGCUAUCUGUUGUCUCCUCUUUAGUCUCAGGGAAUUUUUUGUCAUUGCAUUUAACUGUGAAAUAUGGGAGACUGUGAACCACAGGUGGGGUGUUUUUUUGGGGUUUUUUUGGUUGAUAUUUAAGUUCCUGUUAAGAACACCCACUGGGUUUAUUGUGAGUCUUUCCAUAUUGUAACCAGGACAGGAAAAUUUUGCAGCUUCUGGAAGUUCAAGCAAUUUUUCCAGGUAUUGUGCCCAGCCAUAUCCUGUGAACGUCCAGUCAGAGAUGCAGUAUCAGGCAGAUUGGCCACUAAUGUUUUGAAACUGUGGCCAGAUGUCAUUGUGAGCUUUGGUAGUAUUCCUCUGGGUACCCAGAGAGGGCAGUACCUCAACCGUCUGUCUCAACACUGGGAAGAAACCUUCCCUACUACACGAGUGCAUCUCAAAGUGGCAGUUACCACAGGUUGCUGCAGGUUCUUGUGGUCCACAUUAAGGCUUUUAACAGCAGUCAGUCUGAAUGACAUGCCAAACCCUGGCAAAUUCCAAUAAGGAAGCACUGUAAACCUGCUGCUUGCUGAAGAAAGACCACAUUCAUAAAAGUAGAGGUCAAAGGCAAACAGCAAGUCAUACAACACAUGCCUAGGGUAUGUUUUUCCUCAGGCUGUGCUCCUGUUUGAAAUUAAAUAUGCUAUGCUGUAUUGUCCGGACAGCGUUGCUCUGCAGGAGCCCAGGCAGACCAUAGCUGCUGCCGUCACCAGCUUCUCCCUUCAGUUAAAGAAAGUGAAGACUCUUCUGUCCUUCACUCCCACAGCACAAAGGCUGACUGCAGACUCACUGUAAUGAAACUGUACACAUAAUGGGAGAAAUAAAUUCAAUUGUUUGAAAACUAGCACCCAGAUUGGUAUGCUAGCUAGUGUCUAGGGGGUCAGGGCUUAACAGAGGUUAUGGCAGAUGUGGGAAACAAGGUGUUUCCAUACAGCCUCUUCUUUGUACCUCUUACUAGAGUAGCUGCAUUGCCAGGUAGCCUUCCAGGUCAGAAUUGAAGAAAUAUGCAGCCUGCUAGUAAGCCUCCCCAGCCCUGUGGAUAUAAAGAGGAUUUUAGUCUGCAAGCGCAUCAGUGCUUGCAGCUCAGAGGCCCCAAUUUUGUAAUGGAUUUGGUGUGACCAGAAUAUAAGCUGAACUCAUUUCUUUGGAGUGUAGGAAGACAACCUUUUGGCUGUCGGUAGCAAAAAUAUUAGGGUGGAUUUUUAAUUGGAUUUAACUGGAUUGAAUGGUUUAACUUUUAAUAUUUGUUUGCUGCAAGCCCAAUUUACUGAAGAUUUAGCAUUCAGAUACACCGUAUGAAAGACAACCUGUGCUGCAGUUGAACACUUGAAUUUGCACUCUCGGUGUCACUUGCAGGAGACAUACAAUUGACAGGUGCUCUCAGGGAUUAAUGUACAGUAUGUUAGAUUUAGGGGCUGAAAAAUGAAGCCUGUUUUCUAACCCUUUGUACUUUACUGUCUGUGUGUAUAAAUAUGUGAUACUUCCAUUAAAAGAGGAACAAGCUGUUUAACUUA